UGUAAAUAUGGCGGCGCACUGUCUGUGCAUCAUGCGUCUUCGGACUCUGUGCAACCUUGGGAGGAAAACCUUUGAUAUCAGAAGCGGUUUCGACCGGACCGGUGUGAGCUUAUACAGGACCCGAACCGGAACCGCUCACAGCCGCGGAGAAACGAACACAGAUCCGGACAGAGGCCAGUCUGACCUCCUCAUGGAGUUCCCCGAGCCAAAGCAUCUCCUCCAUUCAACCCUGUCCAGAUCCCUGAGACGCUCCAAUAUCUCUCAGUAUAUCCAGUACAACUGCACAGACGGAGAUGUGAAGAGGGCGACAGUUACACUGCUCUGGCCUCAGAGGAUCGAAGUCGAGGGAUUUGGGUCACGGAAACAGGAGGCGGAGCGACGUGCUGCAGCAGCUGCCUGCCAUAGGCUGAGAGAACUGGGAGUUCUGGGUCCGAGGAACCAGCUUCCCACGCAGAGAUUAUCCCAGCAGUCUGGAUGGCGCUCCUCUGUCUGGGAGGAUACAGAGGAAGACCCGAGUGUGUAUAAAAGCAGGGAGCUACGACGAACCACGAGCAACAGGAUGAGACGAGCUGCCACAAACCUGGAAAUGGUGGAAGAGGAUCCGAAGGUCUUGGAGGCACUCGCCAUCUUCUCGAAGCCGAAAGCGCUCUUGGCGAGGGUUAUUCAAGUAGCCACGACAUCUGGUAGCGUCAACGAGCUGCUGCACUACAGGACAGCAGGAGGGAAGAUGAAGGAGUGUGAACUCACUCUGCGCUGGCCCGAGGAGAUGAGCUUUACCGCCCAUGGCCGCCGUAGACUGGAGGCUGAAACGCGAGCAGCAGCACUCGCCUGCCUCAGACUGAAGGAGCUGCAGCUGCUGGAUGAGCAGAAUAAUCCUCUCACACACGCCAAGUACAACCAAGAGGAGGUGAGGGAGGCAGGAGAGCGAGAGAGGAGGCCGUGCCGUGUCGAGAUCCCAGACAAUCUGGAACGCAGGAUUAGAGAUUAUUUAACGCAGUAUCCGGUGGAGGAAGAGGUACAGAAACUGUGGGAAGAGCAAGCUGACCAGAGGCAGUCUUCCUCCUUUGAUGAGGAGGAUGAUGAGGACUAUGAUGACGAUCCUGUGCUUGAUGCAAUUACUGGUAAGCCGUACCGCCCUCUGAACCCCGAAGAGAUGGAGCUCCUGAGUGACAGCCUUCUGAAGCAGUGGGAGCAGGCAGGACCGCCUCGGGGGGCGGAGCUUCCUGUAGACGGUCAUCGUGAACGUCUGGUGGAGGCAGUGGAAGCGUCACAGGUGGUGGUGGUCGCUGGAGAGACGGGCUGCGGGAAGACGACACGGAUCCCACGCUUCCUGCUGGAGGAUCGUGUGAGGGGCGGAGCCGGGGCUCAGUGCAACAUCCUGGUCACGCAGCCACGCAGGAUCAGCGCAGUCUCAGUGGCUGAGCGCGUCGCCAAUGAGAUGGGCCCCGCCCUCAGGCCCUGCGUCGGUUAUCAGGUUCGUUUAGAGUCCCGUCCUCCAGAAGCCAGCGGCGGCUCGCUGCUCUUCCUCACCGUGGGAGUCCUGCUAAGGAAGCUGCAGUCCAAUCCGUGGCUCCGCGGCAUCAGCCACGUGCUGGUGGAUGAGGUGCACGAGCGAGACGUGAACACGGAUGUGCUGCUGGCCCUGCUGCGUCGCGCCCUUAAACACAAUCCCGAGCUGCGCGUGGUGCUCAUGAGCGCAAGCGGAGACACGCAGCGUCUUGCCUCGUACUUUGAUGAGUGUCCUGUAGUGCACAUCCCUGGCUUCAUGCACCCUGUGAGGCAGAGAUACCUGGAGGAGGUCCUGAGGGAGAUGGAGAGACCAGUGGAGAAAGUAAACGCCAAGAAGGAGCAGGAUGAUCCGACCCCUGACCUCGAUUUAGUGGCUGACGUGAUCGACCACAUUCACACUCACGGAGAGCCAGGUGCAGUGUUGUGUUUUCUACCCGGCUGGCAGGACAUUAAAGCCGUGCAGCAGAAGCUGGAGGAGAAACUGGCCUUCCAGUCGAGCUCCCAGCUCAUCCUCCCAUUGCACUCCAGCAUGUCUGUUGCAGAUCAGCAGGUUGUGUUUAAACGCCCUCCAGAGGGCCAGCGCAAAAUCGUCCUGGCAACCAACGUCGCAGAGACGUCAAUCACCAUCGAUGACAUUGUGCACGUUGUGGACCUGGGCACUCAGAAACAGCAAAGCUACGAUCCCAGGACCAAGGUCUCAUGUUUGGAUACGGUCUGGAUCUCUCGCUCAAAUGUCAUUCAGCGACGAGGGAGGGCGGGUCGAUGCCAACCUGGCCACGCCUAUCACUUGUUUCCUCGGAAACAGCUAGAUGCCAUGACCAUGUUUCAAAUCCCUGAGAUUCUCCGCACCCCUCUGGAGAGCCUGGUGGUUCAGGCCAAGAUCCACAGUCCUCGGAGUAAGGCUGUAGACUUCCUGUCCCAGGUGAUGGACUCUCCAGAACCAGGAGCAGUGAGGGAAGCCGUGAGGACGCUGCAGGAUAUCGGAGUGUUGGACACCUCCGAGUGUCUGACUCCGCUGGGGGAGCGUGUGGCGUGUAUGUCAUGUGACUCACGCUUGGGGAAGCUCCUGGUUCUAUCCUCUCUUUUCCGUUGCAUCCUGCCCAUGCUCUCUGUGGCAGCUUGUCUGACCCGAGACCCGUUUCACAACAGCCUGCAAAACCGCUCCACAGUCAACAAGGCUAAAGAGGCUCUGAGUGGCUCGAGCUGCAGUGAUUAUCUGGUGUUCAGUCGAGCAGUACAGGGUUGGCGAGAGCAACAGGACAGACGUGAGCGGCAGGAGUAUUUGGACUCGAACAGUCUUUCAGCAGCCAGUCUGCGUUUUAUACACGGUUUAACUCAGCAGUUCAGUGAGAAUCUGGUGGAGGCGGAGCUAGUCACACACCCUGCUGAAUGUCUCCGCCCUUCAUCACUGCUCAAUCAGCACAGCGGUCAGGAGGAGCUUCUGAAAGCCGUGCUGCUGGCAGGGUUUUACCCCAACCUCAUCCAGGUGAAGAGAGGCGUGGUAAGCAAAGUGGGCAGGUUUCGGCCCAACGACCUGUGUUACCGCACUCAGAGUGGACCGGUGUUACUCCACCGCUCCUCCGUCAACAGGGCCGAGAGAAAGCUUCCCAGUCGCUGGCUCACGUUCUUUUCUGCAGUGAAAUCGAAUGGCAGCGUCUUUAUCAGAGACUCUUCUGCAGUCCAUCCUCUGGCCCUCCUCCUCCUCACGGACUGUAACCUGAUCGAGCGUGCGUAUGGUGACCGGGUGGAGGUGACCAUGCCGGGCCGUUCUCUCGUACGGUGGGAUCUGUCUGCUCCAACCUGGGAGCUGCUGUGGACGUUACGCACCUCUCUGCAGGCUAUGCUUCAUCGUAACCUCCGACCUUUAACCUCUGACUGUAGUGUUGAAAUGAAGAGCACUCAGGACAGCCAGCUCAUCUCUUUAUUAGUGGACCUGUUGAACAAUGCAGAGCCGGACGCUCACGCUGCAGACUACAGUGAUGGAGAAUGAUGAAGCUUUUUUCAGCUGUAUGAUAAAACUUGCACUUCCUCUAAAACACCCUGCCUCAUAUACAGUACCCGUCAAGUUUGGACACCCCACUCUGCUCCUUCAUAUAGGGUUUUCUUUUUCUGUAUUUUGACUUUUCUACACUGUAGAACAAUACUGAAGGUAUCAAAUCAAUGAAAUAACGUAUGGAAUGAUGUGGUAAACAAAAGUGUUUACAAAAACAAAGUAUCCAGUAUUUUACCUUGAUGACGCUUUGCACACACUUGGCGUUAUCUUAACCAACUUCAUGAGGUAGUCGCCUGGAAUGCUUUUCAGUUAACAGGUGUGCCUCGUCAAAAGUUAAUUAGUGGACGAGUUUCUUACCUUCUUAAUGUGUUUGAGACUUAAUAAUAAUAAUAACAAUAAUACCACAACUGUAGUAAUCCAUGUUAUGCUAAGAACCGAACAACUAAGUAAAGAGACACGACAUCCAUCAUUACUUUAAGACAUGAAGUGUCUUUUUAAUUAAUAAAAAUAAAGAAAACUUUGAAUUAGGUGUGUCCAAACUUUUGACUGGUACUGCUUAUAAAUGUUUAUGUAUUCAAUGGGAACACUGAUGUCUCAUAGUGUAAUGGGAAAUAUGUGCGUAACUUUUACAGUAGGGUUAUGACUGAAAGUGUUUUCAAAAUUUCUACUUUCCUGAUGUUGCAUUUGGUGAACUUUUACUUACUUUUUAUAUAACAAUAAGUUGCUUAACAAUUGUAAUAAUAAUACAAAUUUAAUAAUCUCAUCUCAUUAUCUCUAGCCGCUUUAUCCUUCUACAGGGUCGCAGGCAAGCUGGAGCCUAUCCCAGCUGACUACAGGCGAAAGGCGGGGUACACCCUGGACAAGUCGCCAGGUCAUCACAGGGCUGACACAUAGACACAGACAACCAUUCACACUCACAUUCACACCUACGGUCAAUUUUAGAGUCACCAGUUAACCUAACCUGCAUGUCUUUGGACUGUGGGGGAAACCCGAGCACCCGGAGGAAACCCACGCGGACACGGGGAGAACAUGCAAACUCCGCACAGAAAGGCCCUCGCUCGAACCCAGGACCUUCUUGCUGUGAGGCGACAGCGCUAACCACUACACCACCGUGCUGCCCUAAAUUUAAUAAUAAAUUAUUACAUUUGUAUUAAUUAACAAUUAUUACAAUUGUUCAUUAUAAUUGUUAAUAAUACAAUUGUUAGUUAAUUAUAAUUGUUAAUACAAAUUUAAUAAUUAAUAAAUUUGUAUUAACAAUUAUAAUUAUUACAAUUGUUAAGCAAUUUAUUGUUAUAUAAAAGUACUUUACACACCUUUCAAUGAAUUUAUUUUAUAAUCAUGAUUUAUUUAUUUAAUAUACAUGUAUUUAUCAAAAGUGAGGUGAUGCUGGGUGUGGGAGGUUUUUGCAUGACCCAAUAAAAAUAACUUCAAAAAAGUAAUAUAUGAGUAAAAGUUCACCAAAUGCAACAUCAGGAAAGUAGAAAUUUUGAAAACACUCAGUCAUAACCCUAUUUUACAGCACUGCAGCAACAAUGGCAUUUUAAUGAAAUGAUUAAGUGAAUUUGACAUCCACUUUGUCAACAUCUGUGAAAUAUGUGCAUAGAAGUGUAUAUAUUGAGUGUUCAAAUUUAAUCUAUAU